ACUGAGGAAGACACGGAGGAAACACUGAGGAAGACACGGAGGAAGAAGAAAGUGAAGAAGAAAACUCUCCACAAAGACAUGAAACGUUGUUAUUAGCACAUUCAAGAAGUAGACUAGAAAUUAAAAAACAAACAUUGGAUGUCCAUCACGAGGUUAAUUCUCAUACUGUUGAAUAUGGCAGAAAUAGAUUACGAACUGCUGCCAACACCAGAGAGAAAACUCCGAAUGAAGAUGGGAUACAUUCCAGUGUUAUUAAAAAGAACUAUUAUAAUAACCUGCUUACUCGUCCAACUCGAAGUGACUCUCAUACAGUGAUCACUGACAGCAACCCCGCUCCAUCACAAGGCAAUAAAACACUGGUUGCUAGAACCCAGAAACGAAAUCUUUCUCACACAGUGGUCAGGGAUAGCGUUCAGGAUAUAUGGCGUGCUAGGAAUGCUAGACUGAAAUCCUCUCUGACGGCGAGGUUAAGGAAGAAUUCUAUCACCACUGACGAAACCUCAGAAAGGGAAGCUAACAGCAGUAGGGCUCUUGCCCUGCCUCGAGACCGUCACCAGCUACGGAACACCACUAGUACUGAUCCUCCGUUGACAAACCAAAGAAGAGACUCUUUCCCUUUAAAGAUGAGCUCCCGUCACUCGAAUCAUAAAGGGGUUACGAGCGAAGAGACAUCAAAAGAAAUGUCACUGCUAUCAGCCAGACGAGGACAGAAACCUGUUCAGUCAAGGAACAGUCACUGUGAUGAUGAGAGUAAUUCUAAUAUUUUUAUUACUAGUAAGACAGAGAUGGCAGCAACUUCUACAAGUUGUAAAGAGUCCGCUGAUCUCGAUGGCCUUAAUGUGACCCACGAAAAUCUACGCGCCGAUGGUCAAAAACAUUGUUACCUUCGAAAUACAGCUUCUGAUCCCGAGGUAAAGAUGGCACUGUAUACUCCCGUGUGUGAUAAAACUAAAACACUUAAUGGUAGAAAACAUGAAGAAACGGUGACAAAUGAGAGCAGCCAAAAGACAAGUUUGUUGCAGUGCUCUGAGACCGACGCAGACAGUGUUGACGGCCCGAACACAGUGACGGUAUCAAGGAGUUUUUUGCCCAGAAUAGAUCCAUUUAAAGUUGAGACAAAUUUGGACUCACUUCAGACGGAUGAACUGCUGCAAAAGACCCAGGAUGCGUCAGUGAUGUCACAAACACAACAUGGUGGAACCAAUUUAGCUGAGCAUGACAGUCCCACCAAUUCUAAACUUGCUGGUUAUGGAGGUGACAAUAAAAAUGAUAUCCACGAGGCUCGUCUGGGCGUGAGCUUGUGUGAUACCCACGGCUCUUUGCUGCACUUGUACUGCACGUCAUGUGAAGAGUGGGCGUGUGACGAAUGCCUGGAUGUGGCACACUGCCAGCCUCCUCAGGGUCGAUGUCACCUCAUCUCUGCACCCGACGCUAUUGUGCAUAUGAAGAUGACCCAAACAGAAUUCCUUAACUCCAGAGUGGACACACUGGACCACUUCCGGGAGGAGUUGCGGAAGCUGGUGGAUGAGUCAGACAGCAGUAUUAAGGAACACGACGCUAACAUCAACAGCCUGAGGUGCCAGAUGUACGAGGAAGCCUCGCUUCUAACAUCCAUCGAGUCCAUGAAGACACUUGCGCUGCAGAAACUGAAACAGAUCGACUACUGGGAGAACCUACUUCGCCAGAACGCUUCUCGCAUCCGGCAGUCUUCAACGUCACAGGAGAUGCUGGAUGCUGCUCACCUGAACGAGACCAGCAUCUUAGCUAACAUCAUUGAAGGAACUGCAUGUCAGGAGAUUCCAAUAAAUAACUUAUAACCUUCUGACCUACCAUUUAGUUAUGGUCUUCUAAGCGUCCUUCAUUUAAAAAAAACAUUAUUGCCUGAAUGUACAGCUUACUCUGGUUAUUAAGCAAUCAAUUCAAAGACGGCAGCAGCUCAGGAAAUCAGAUUGGACUGAGCAUUUUCACCGUCAUAAAAAGUUUAUGACAUUGAACAUACAUAAAAAAUCCCGUUAAAGAAAAUAAAAAAUAUAAUCAAGUUACGAUGAUUGAUUGCUAUUGUUAAAUCUGUGUAAUUACCUAGACCAAUCCAUAUUAACUGCAGGUUUUAUUUUCGUAAUUGAUUGUGAUAGAAUUAAUAUACGCGCGAUCGUGUGCUAUGCUAACACCUGUAGAUUACAGUUAGGGCCAUAAUUCACUCUGACACCCGGUUUAGCAUAGUCUGGUAAAUAUACUACUACUACUACUACUACUACUACUACUACUACUACUACUUCUACCACCACUACUACUACUACUACAACUACCACUACUACUAGUACUACUACUACUACUACUACUAAUUAAUAAUAA